ACUUGUUCAGACAGCAAUCCGUCUUGUCAGCUCAAGAAAUAUGGCAGGGAAGCCGACAAAGAUGGCGAUCAAAGUGGAUCUUCAGUGUCAUCGAUGUUUCAAGAAGAUCAAGAAAAUUCUGUGUGGGAUCCCUCAAGUCCAAGACCAAAACUACGAGGUGGCAAAAAACACAGUAACAAUCACAGUGGUGGAUGGCAGUCCCGAGAAUGUCCGACAGAAGAUAUUGUGUAAGGGAAGAUGUUUCGUUCAAGGCGUCGAUAUUUUACCUGAACAGAAACCGAAAGAUGACACUAAAAAGAAAGGAGGUAAGAAAAAUGGUAAAGAAGAUAAGAAAGAAAAGGAGAAGACCCCUCCAACUAAACCACCAAAUCCUGCUCCACCGGUGCCAACCUACCCGCCGGUGUAUGUGAUGGCCGGGGCGAAUGUUUGUAUCCCAUGUCAUAAUCGGGGUUGCGAUGGGUUCUGUCCAUGCAACUGUCACUACGGGAGGCCACCGAUGUGCCAUGACGGGUGUGGGAGGCUGGCCCACGAGUGCGGAUGCCGGAGACCCAGUUACCUGGGGUGUAGCAACCGAUGCAAUGAGGGAAACGCCUGUUCAUCAAGGACGCCUUAUGGUUGUGGUCAUGGAUGGCCACCGGUUUGCAGCGAUGCCGGCUAUCCCCAGUGCCAGAAAUCCUGCCUGCAAAUGUAAAGAGAGUUCGGUGAUAUUAGUUGAAACGGGGUUUUCAUUUCCAUGGUUUGGGAUUUUCACGAUAUCUGUCAAAUCAUGACGUGGAUCUUUUAUCUCGCACGAUACUCCCUUCAAUGCCCUAAUAAAUAUCAACCGCUCAUUUAUGUA